AUGGCGAAUCUUCCACGCCGCCGCACCAUGGAAGACAUAUGCACAAUUGCUGGGACCAAGGUACCCGCGAUCCCAGCCAUACCCCCUGACUCGGUCCCCAACCUGGAAUCUAUCCGCGUGGUAUACGACAUAGCAUUCGCUCCCAGUCUAGAUAAAUUCCUCGAAUCAUCCAACCAAUGGUUCACUCUACAUGGCUUCGAUCUCCUCGCCAGCAACCGCACCUUGUUGGGUUUGAUGCUGGCCUACCUUACCCUGGUCAGCACCAACCAUGACAAGCCAAUCAAUGCCAACCCAACCCUCGUCUCACAGGAAGCACGGGUUACCUGGGCGAUGCUCGGCCUUUGCACGACACCCACGCCAUCGAACCAACCCGACGACGAAGCAGACAUCCUCGCCCGCCGCUACCGCACCGUCGAAAGCAUACUGACAGGCGAGCCACUCGAGCCGAGCACUUUACCCGGUGCAGCGACCAUGUCCCUUUCCGAAUUCGUCCACCAGGAGUCCGACGACAACGACUCCUCUGUCAACAUGGAUAUCACCACUGGCAUGAACAGUCUCAGCCCCGUCACAACAUUCUCAACUACCCCUGCUUCCUUCCCACAAUCGAGCAAUCUCCUCGACCCUCUUCAACAGCUCCAUCACCAACAACUGAGCCAAAUGCACGCGGAUAUGCUUCUCGCUGCGCCGACUGUUUCACCAUCGCCCUUCAACGCCCAAGUUGCGCGCCGCACCCACGACUUUUGGUCAACGCUCGAAUCCAUCGCUACCUCCCAAACGGGAGACGGCACAGAUCCGACCACCGGCCGGCGGCCACCACUGAACACAGCGACACCCUUGAUCCCGCAGUUGCGCAGCCUACUCGACGGCAAAGAGCAGCGCGAUAUCCUCUAUGCGACCUGUUUGCUCGGCUGGGGACCUAGUGAUGGGGAGUCGCCUACGAGUGAGAGGGAGCUGGGCAAGCGGCUGCUGCAGAACGAGUUCCUUGGUGGACGUGCAAGAGGUUUGGUAUUGGGCAGUGUUGCGGGAAUGUGUUUGCGUGGGAUGGGCGUUAGUGAUGGAGCUGGGAGCGUUUGA